UCCCCUCCUCCCCUUUCAGCUCCUUUCUCAAAGCUGGGAAGCCAGUAGCUGGUCAUGCCCCGCCCAUUCUUACCACUCGGGCUCCUAGGUUCUGUCCCUCCGCCCAUUAUUCCUGCAGAAGGCCCCCACCCCCGCCGAAGCGCGCCCCCUCUCUUCUUCUAGUAGGGCAUUGCCGCUUUAAGAGCGAAGAGAGAUUGACAAGCUCGAAGAGCGGCUUCUGAGACCGGAGGCUGAACCGGAGCUGCAGGGAGCAAAGGACUCCCCGGGGCGCAGGAGAGCUGCCUGAAAACCACAGCUAUCCUCAUCAUGCCAGUUGCUGCUACCAACUCUGAGUCUGCCAUGCAGCAAGUCCUGGACAACCUGGGGACCUUUCCCAAUGCCACAGGUGCUGCCGAGUUAGACUUGAUCUUCCUUCGAGGCAUCAUGGAAAGUCCAAUAGUAAGAUCCUUGGCAAAGGCCCACGAACGCCUGGAAGAGACCAAACUAGAAGCUGUUCGGGACAAUAACCUGGAGCUGGUUCAGGAGAUCCUUCGGGACCUGGCCGAGCUGGCUGAGCAGAGCAGCACAGCCGCUGAGCUCGCCCAUAUCCUCCAGGAGCCACACUUUCAGUCCCUCCUGGAGACGCAUGAUUCUGUGGCAUCAAAAAGCUAUGAGACGCCACCUCCUAGCCCUGGUCUGGAUCCCAUGUUCAACAACCAGCCUGUCCCUCCAGAUGCUGUACGAAUGGUGGGCAUCCGAAAGACCGCAGGAGAGCACCUGGGGGUGACAUUCCGAGUGGAGGGUGGAGAGCUGGUGAUUGCCCGCAUCCUUCACGGGGGCAUGGUGGCCCAGCAGGGCCUGCUGCAUGUAGGUGAUGUCAUCAAGGAGGUAAAUGGGCAGCCUGUGGGCAGUGACCCCCGGGGGCUGCAGGAGUUACUCCGAAGUGCCAGUGGAAGUGUCAUCCUCAAGAUUCUGCCCAGUUACCAGGAGCCCCACCUGCCUCGACAGGUGUUUGUCAAAUGCCAUUUUGAUUAUGAGCCAGCCCGGGACAGCCUGAUCCCCUGCAAGGAGGCUGGCUUGCGCUUUUGUGCUGGGGACUUGCUCCAGAUCGUUAACCAGGAUGAUGCUAACUGGUGGCAAGCAUGCCACGUAGAGGGGGGCAGUGCCGGGCUCAUCCCUAGCCAGCUGCUGGAAGAGAAACGGAAGGCCUUUGUCAAGAGGGACCUGGAGAUGACACCCACCUCAGGUGCCCUGUGUGGCAGCAUUUCAGGCAAGAAGAAGAAGCGAAUGAUGUAUCUCACUACCAAAAACGCGGAGUUCGACCGGCAUGAGCUUCUGAUCUAUGAGGAGGUGGCCCGGAUGCCCCCUUUCCGCCGGAAAACCCUGGUGCUGAUUGGAGCGCAGGGCGUGGGGCGACGUAGCCUGAAGAACAAGCUCAUCAUGUGGGACCAGGACCGCUACGGCACCACAGUGCCCUAUACAUCUCGUCGGCCCAAGGACACUGAACGGGAAGGCCAGGGCUAUAGUUUUGUGACCCGGGCAGAGAUGGAGGCUGACAUUCGUGCCGGCCGCUACCUUGAGCAUGGGGAAUAUGAAGGAAAUCUGUAUGGCACUCGAAUUGAUUCCAUCCGAAAUGUGCUCAGUGCUGGCAAGGUGUGCGUGUUGGAUGUCAAUCCCCAGGCAGUGAAGGUACUAAGAACUGCUGAGUUUGUUCCAUAUGUGGUUUUCAUUGAGGCUCCUGACUUUGAAACCCUGCGUGCCAUGAACCGGGCUGCUCUGGAAAGUGGGGUGGCGACUAAACAGCUCACGGAGGCGGACUUGAAACGGACAGUUGAAGAAAGCAGCCGGAUCCAGAGAGGGUAUGGACACUACUUUGACCUCACUCUGGUGAAUGAUAACCUUGAGAGGACCUUCCGAGAACUUCAGACUGCGAUGGAGAAGCUGCGGACAGAACCCCAGUGGGUGCCUGUCAGCUGGGUAUAUUAAUCCUGCUGCCCAUCUCUGGCACAGAGAUUCACAUCCCCAUUCCACACUCCUUAGUCACUCAGACCUCAUCCUCUGUCAGGUGGUGUCAUUGAGCAUCCUCUGCAAAGGUUCCCAUGUCCCUUAGCCCAGCUCCCUUGGGAAGCUGUGUCCACUCCUUGGGAUAAAAUGCCAGGUGGGCAAUGAAAGCUACUAUCAGCUCUCAAAAAGAUACUGUCAGGGUAAAGUAUGUUCAUGGGGCACCUUGGUGCCCAGGUGCUGCCCACCUUUCUCAUUGUUAGCUAUCAGCCUACCUGGUACCAUCUCCACUCUUUAAAGGGACCAAACUGUGCUUAGGAGGGUGGGGGAAGGGGGAGAAGCCUCCCAAGGUACCCAUCAGUCCAUAAAUGAGAAAAGCUGACAUUUAGGUGAGCACCAAGGUCCCCUGCUGCCACUUUAUUUAGUCACCUUUUCUCCUCAGGGCUAGCAUAGAUCUACUCCUACCCGAGUGCCCUUCCUACUGGCUAGUCACUUAAUCCUGGGAUUUAGGGAUGGGAGAAUUGUUAUGUCACCAUCUAAAUCAGGUGGCCAUUUGGUCCAGACCUGCCUAGGAGCGAGUUCUGCCUGGUGCUACCAACCCAAAGCCUGGGAAAGAUCAAAGCCCAUGAAGCCAGGACCCAGGGUGAAAAUGGGCACUAUCUUUCCGGAUGUUCCUGGAGAACGGAAUGGAAUCUGUGUUGUGAAAGAUUCCCAGGGCUCAACCUCUCUCUCUUAUCUCCACUCCCCUCCCCCAAGUACACAGCAACUCACUGCCGAAGACUCCCCUAUUUUACCUUCCGGACCUCUCAGCACUGCUCUUCCCCAGCCUCACCUGGGAGGUAUUGGGAUGGGCAGAAGACCUCGGCCUUCAGAAAGGAAAAUAGACCUCCUAUAUAGUUACUGCUGAAGAUUUCCAUGAACUUGGAAACCUGAGAGGGGCCAGUCAACCUCAUGAUCUGGGCCCAUUAUUCCUUGCUGUUUCACCAAGGGCUUAGUCUUUCCUCCUUAAUCCCUCCAGGCAAUCUGAGUACCAGCCUUUUCCAGCUGACAAGGCCUGGCUCUGGGAGUCCCAUUUAGGAGGGUGGAGAUAGGAGGCCUGGGUAACCUGGAGAGAGUGGGAUGGAGAAGGCCAGGUGGGAGUGAAGCAUGAAGAAUAGAGAUGCUUCCUUCCAUGUCACACUGAUCCUAUGUGUGUGAGACAUGUAUAUGGGCCUCUCUUUCAGGGAGGGAUGGGAGAAGAAAUUUUGGAGUCUCUGGUGGGACUGGCUUGAGUGGUCCCUAUUUCUCCUUUGUAUUGUGAUGGUCCCUCUCCUUAAACAGGGGAGAAAUCCAGUCUUAGAAAUCAUCAGAUUUUUAUUUCCCAAUCCCUGUUUCCAUGCCCCAUCCUCCAAAUUGUGAGGGUACACCAUGACCCCCUAAUUUAGGAGUUUGGAGUAGUACAGAAACCAACUUUGUAAAAUAGAAUUUCCCUGUAAGAAGAGAAUGCUGUUAGAAUUUCCAGGGUCAUUUCAUUUAUUCCCUUGCCUUUUAAUAGGAUAGCCCUUUUAUCCCACAGGAAUCAUCAUAGGAAACCUCAAAGGGAGGGAAACCCCCCCAAAAAAACUAGCCUUUCCCUGAUGUUGGUGUUUGGGGCCUCUACAUGCUUAUCCUUACUUGAGGGCCUAGUCCUUCUGUGUGUUUAACCUCAUCUUUCUUGCUGCAAUGUCAGUUCAAGCUGGCCCCUGACCCACUGUGCCCUGCCCAACCCCACUUCGUUGGGGAGGGAGGGAUGUCCCAUUCCAGGAGGCCCAGGAAGCUUGUGCUCUCUAAUCCCUUCUCAGUGUCCCCUUCUUGCUUAGGACCCUGGGAGGGCCAGGGGUUCAUUAGCAUAUUCCUGAGAGGAGAAGAAACAUAUAAGAGAAUUGAGUAAAGAGAGAAUAAACAAACUUAUUUAUUACAA